UUUUUUUUCUUUUUUUUUUUAUAUCUUUUAUCACAUAUUUAUAUAUUGUUGAUCGAUGGACGUUAUCGUUAAAGAUCCUACUUUACUUGCUACUACUUCAACUUUGGCCUUAAUAGGUUUUGUGUAUAUUUUUUCUAAAUUUGCAUCUUUUGUCAAAGUAUUACUCGAUGUUUAUGUCUUGAAAGGGAUCUCGCUUCGAAAGUUUGGUGCUGGUCAAGGUGCAUGGGCUGUCGUCACUGGUGCAACAGAUGGUAUUGGAAAGGAAUUCGCGAAACAACUUGCUAAAAACAAGUUUAACAUUCUUUUGGUAUCUCGUACAACUUCUAAAUUGGAAACUGCUGCUAAUGAAAUCUCUGAGGAAUAUGACGUCAAAACAAAGAUCUUUGCCAUGGACUUCACCAAAGGGGAUGAUCUCGAUUUCGUACGACUUGGACAAAUAAUGAACGGUUUGGAUGUAGGUGUUUUAGUGAACAAUGUUGGUACCAAUCAUGAUAUUCCUACUCCAUUUGCUGAUGAAGACGACAAGGUAAUCAACAAUAUUAUUGAAGUGAAUGUCAAGGGUGCUAUGAAAGUGACCAAACUUGCUCUUCCUCAAAUGCGUCAAAAACGUCGUGGAUUAAUCUUGAAUUUGGGUUCUUUUGCUGGUUUGGUGGCUACUCCUUACCUGUCUGUGUACUCUGCCGGUAAAGCGUUCUUAGCUACUUGGUCUCAAGCCCUUGGUACUGAAUUGAAAAGUGAAGGUAUUGUGGUUGAACUUGUUAAUACCUAUUUUGUUGUAUCAGCUAUGAGUAAAAUUCGCCGACCUACUCUAUUGAUUCCCUUGGCCAAGCCUUAUGUUACUUCUGUUUUAUCAAAGAUCGGUUUAUCUUGUGGUGCUGAUGUACCUUUCACUUCUACUCCUUAUCAUACACAUGGUAUUGUCAAUUGGGCCAUCAAUAACUUGUUUACAAAGACUUUCUGGGUGAAUCACAAUGAUACCAUUCAAAAAGAUAUUCGUAAGAGAGCUUUACGGAAACGUGAACGUGAAGCUGCUGCUGCCAGAAAAGCAAACUAGUUUUAGAUCAUACAUUAUCUUCAAUAUUAUUAUCAAUAAAUCAUAUAUUUUUUUUCUGUGCCUU